CCACUUCCAGGUACGAUGUAUAGUGUGUCGAUUAGUUUUCUGCUGCGCCGAUUGUCGAUGGAGGCAUGAGAAAGUAGCUCACAACCUCACGUACGACUGCCCCAUCUGUCGAGGGUACCAGUUCCUCUGCAAACCUCAACAACUUAAUCAAGAUUUCAUAGAACACUUAACUAAAGAACACACUCCAUUACAUUGUAAAAAGUGCAACAAAAUGUUCAAUAAUAUGGAAGAUUUCUUAAACAUAGACAAGUGUACAAGCAUAUCCGAGCUAGUUGGACAAGAAAACGAAGCAGGGAGUUCACAAAUGGAAAAACUAGAUGAAAAAUUCGAUUCAAUUUAUGAGAAAGUUAAUAAAUAUGGGGAAAACAUCGAAGGGAUAAUAGCAGUUAAUAAGAAUACCAAGACAGCUGUAAUAACACCAAUAGUUAGAAAGAAAAAUAUAGUCGAUUAUGAAUCUAGUGGCAGUGAAGAUGAAGAUAAAAUUGGAAUAAUGACUCCUCAUCCGACAAUUGUUUCCAAGACUCCAAAACUGAGAAGGCAAAGAACAGCUACUCCUCACACAAAAAAGCUAUUAACUAUGAUGAAGCAGAAGGUUGUGGAAGAAUAUGAGGAGACUAUUGGUGAUGAAUAUGAUGGGUCACCGGCUAAUAAACAUACGCCGGUGAGAACAGAGAAUAAUGAAGUUCCAGACCUUGAAAAGGAAAUGACGACCCCUACAUCCCACUUGCCGCACCUCAUCAAGUUAACUCAGAUAGUUACAACCAGCACGCCUACUCACGCCGCCUGUAACGGCUGGCCAUUAUUUGCUGAUCAGGGAGCUGACUCUCCACUCUCAGAGAUUGAGACCACCGAGAGUGCAGCCCAGAGCAUGAAUGAGCCAUCAAAGUCAGAUUCGGAUGCUGUCCCACCAAAGUUGAAGAGUAUCAUAGUGACUGGCAGCAAAACUCGUGUUGGGAGUCAAGAUAGUACAGAGAAACAUGUCACCUUUCAAGAUUCACACGAGGGCUCCAUGAAAACAAAGAAAGUUAAGUUCGCUGAUGACACCGUCUUCGAACAACCCAAGGUUAAACGAGUGUUCAGAAAACCAAAGAGAAUGCUAACACCUGGGCCACAGAAACCGAGAUAUUGUUACAACCCUCGCUUCCAAGCAUUAGUCAAUCGGUUUGAAAACCAAGGCAUAAUCAUGGCGAGGACUCCGAAGAUGAGGGAGAAGAAUACUAACAAUCAGGAAAACACGCCGCCUGUCGGGGAGCCUUCAACCAUGCCCGCUCGUGCCAUAAACUUUAAAGAAGACAGUCCCCAAAUCGAAUCAGAAUACUCAAAAGAAUCGAAUGAAUUAUUCAGAACAUGUAUCGAUACUCCAGAAGUAGGCAUGAACGCAAUAUCAACAUUAACAACGAACAUAGCCGGGACGCUACAAAACUGCCUUUCAUCAGUUUUAAUGAACACGGAGGAAGAAACGGAAAUUCAGUUUAAGUUUGUUAUAACGAAAAGGAAAGUUAGUGUCAAGAGGCUCGUGGAGGAAUGUGAGGGCAAGCCAAGUGAAGAGUCGGACGCAAUCGAUAAGAAUCAGGAUUCGAUUAAAGAGAACAUUUGGUCGAGCGUUGCUAAAGCAGUGAAAAAUGCGUUAUGGGGUGAGCAGACACCUAAUGUCGUUGCAACAACACCACACAGAUCCUUCUCAUUAAACUCAUCAUCUUCGUCAGCAAAACGCAAAUGUGAUGAGCUCUCUGACACUGAAAGUCCUAUGAACUACAAGAGGCACAAAUAUGAAGGAAGGAUCAGGGGCAGACCACCUUUGAGAAGCAAGACUAGUGUCGCCAGCUUAAGGAGCACCAUGUCAGCUGAACAAAAAUCAUUGUUCAAUGAUGUCACUACAAAUGUUGAUGAAAAUAUGAAUUUGAGUUUUUAA